GGGUUAUUAAAACAGCGGUACUCCUCUCACAGUUAAGCAGUUCUGAGUCAGUUUCUCAUUCCUCUCAAGCAUUCUACAUUAACACUUCACUUCCAGCCAAGAUUGAGCAGGCGUCAGUCAAGUGAGGCCUCCCUGCCAUUUAGUGGCUAACGGGUGCCACAAAGACAAAUAGGGGACUAUUUGAUUUAACUGUGUUAAAAAUAGACUGAAAAACAGAACAGACAUUUACUGUGUGUAUUUCAUUCUGCUCUUCUGAUGACUGUUGUAUCAAAGAGAAAAGACAGGUUUUGCUCCCUGUUUUCCAAAGGAAAGAAGUUACAUAUCAGAGGAGGAGUCAAAUUCUAUCCUGGCAAAGAACGAGAGUUUGAGAAGUUGCAGUUUCUAAAUUAGGCAAUAUUAACACACCCGCCCUCUGAGAGCAAAGGAAGAGGUCUGCUUUCACUAUCACUGCUUUUCCUGCCCAAGGAGCCGGAGCAGCAAUGGCUGACAAGAGACCUAAAGAAGAUCCUAUGAACAAGGUGAAGUCCAUUGCCAAGAACUUUCUUGACAACAUUUUUGAUGAUUUGAUGGAAAAUAAUGUGUUAAAUGAGUUACAAAGAUUAGGGAAAGGAGUGACCCUCCUUGUGGAAGGCACUGAAAACCUGGCUGAGAAUAUUGCUGAGAAAAGUCAAACAGCAAGCAAACGACUUGUGGAGCGUCUUUUCAAAGAAAAACCGAGUUUAGACUCUCAUUCUAAAAGUGAGGAUGAUGAAUCUGAGAACAGUGAGACAUCUUCUUCUUCUUCAGCAGAAUCUGAAGAUGAAAGUGAAGAAAAUAGAGAUGAGAAAAAAGCUGAAUCAGCCAUGGCAUUGGCUCUCCCUCCAUCAGAAUCUGAAGAUGAAAGUGAAGAAAAUAGAGAUGAGAAAAAAGCUGAAUCAGCCAUGGCAUUGGCUCUCCCUCCAUCAGCUCCUCAGAAAAUCCAGGCUUUUGAACCCAGUCCUGAGUUGAAGCUUUGUUCUUAUGAUUAUUUCCACAGAAUGAAGACAACCAAGGCGGAUGAGAUAUAUCCAGUGAUGGAGCAGGAGGGCAGAACACGCCUGGCCCUCAUCAUCUGCAACAAAGAAUUUAAACACCUUUCUUACCGAGAUAGUUCUGAAAUCGACCUUAAGGGGAUGAAAGAACUGCUUGAAAACCUUGGCUACUCAGUGGUUGUAAAAGAGGAUAUCACAGCUCGGGAAAUGGAAGAAGUGCUAUGGGAGUUUGCUGCCCGCCCAGAGCACCAAUCCUCAGACAGCACAAUCCUGGUGUUUAUGUCACAUGGCACCCUGGAAGGAAUCUAUGGGACUCUGCACCAAAAGGAAAAGCCAGAUAUUCUUCACGAUGAUACCAUCUUCCGAAUUUUCAACAACCGUAACUGCCAGAAUCUGAGAGACAAACCGAAAGUCAUCAUCACGCAAGCCUGCAGAGGCAAAGGUACUGGGGCUACUUGGGUGGCUGACUCAGGAGAAGCUCCUGCAUGUAGAUAUGACCAUACCUUUCAGUGUUACUUCUGGAGUGAUGCUGUUACACAGACCCAUGUGGAAAAGGAUUUCAUUGCUUUCAAAUCUUCAACUCCACAUAAUAUGUCUUGGAGAACGGAAAUAUAUGGCUCUCUCUUCAUUUCCCAACUUAUCUACCACUUGAAAGAAUAUUCUUGGUGUUAUCAUUUGGAGGAGAUUUUUCGAAAGGUCCAGCGUUCAUUUGAGAAUGUGGAAGUACUGGCCCAGAUGCCCACAAUUGAAAGAGUAACUAUGACACGUUAUUUCUACCUCUUCCCUGGGAUUUAACACUUAUAUGAAGCAUCUCAGGAAGACGGAGGCAUUAUGGUCUCUAUGAAUCUAUUAUUUACAGUCAAUUUUUGAUCAAGACUACUUUUGUACCAAACUUCCCAAUUGCCCACCUUCCUCAAAUACCAGGCUAAAACCACUAUCAUACUGUUGUUAAUGUUCAAUAAAAUUAUUUUAAAAGUA